UUGCCGAUGAUCAGCUGGAGCCCGAGGGAAGCUCCGCCGAGGCGCUGGCGGUGGGACGGCCAGGAGGCAGUAUAACUGGCGUCCGGCCGCUGCUCACCUGGAAUAUGCAGCGUGGACAUGGGCGGGCGGGCUAAACCUUGGGGUCGGACACUGGAGGACGCGAGCCGGGAUUCUGGUUACGGGGGCGCUGCCGACUCGGUACGCUCUUCCUCCACCAGCCUCUCGCUGUGCUGUUCCCCGGCCACUCAUGGAGCGGAGCCCCGCGGCGUGGGGACCGGCGGUGGCAGCAGUAGCUGUGGCUCGGUGAGCGGGACUCUGGCCGAGGAGGCCGACAUGCUGGAGUGCCGGCUGCCCGAGCCCGAGGAGCUGCCUUGGGUUCUGCCGCAGCUGGUGGCGGUGCUGGGCUCGGUACAGCAGCAGCAGCCGCCGGCUGAGUGUCCGCGGGACGCGCUGCGCCGCCUCUCCUGGCUGAUAAGCCGGCCGCUCCUGCGGGUCUCGAGGGAGGCGCAGCGGCUGAGCCUGCGGUACGCCCGGUGCGGCCGGGCCGAAGUGCAGAGCGCCCUGCGGGCGGUGCUGUCCUGGCCACUGGCCCGGGGCUGCGUGGAGGCCGGACUGUCAGCCCUCUCCCUCUACAACAUGAGCUGCUGCCGCGGCUUCAGCCAGGGCAAGUCGGUCAGGUGUGGCCUCACCCUAUCUGUAGGUAGCUUCUUCAGGUGGAUGGUGGAGAGCGGACUGGCCCCGCGGGUCCAUCCGCACGCCGCUAUCUACCUGACGGCUGCCAUGGAGAGUCUGCUGAAGGAGCUGAUGCUGCGGAUCCUGCAGAGCGGGGAGGCCAGCUCGAAAAUCAACGUGGAAGUGAUCGAGCAAACUGUCAACAACGACCCGGAGUUCUGGGGUAUCUGCCAACCCUAUCUGCACCUCCUGUGUGGCAAAAAUGCACAAGGAAUCCUGAGCCUGCCCGAGACCCUGAACUUGAACAGGGAGAUGUGCAAGUCUGAAGGAACACCAAUGUACAGUCAGUCUGAACUCCGAGCUAUUGAACAGUCCUUACUGGUCACCCGUGUGGGAAGCAUUGCUGAACUCAGUGACCUGGUUUCUCGGGCGAUGCAUCACCUGCAGCCGUUGAAGUGGACCCAGUGUGGGAACGGAACGCCAGUCCACCAUAAACAGGGACCACUGCACUGGGAGUCCGAGGCACUGUAUACCCUCUGCUACUUCAUGCACUGUCCACAGAUGGAAUGGGAAAACCCGAAUGUGGAGCCGUCCAAAGUCAGCCUCACUACAGAGAGGCCGUUCCUGGUACUGCCGCCUUUGAUGGAGUGGAUCCGAGUGGCUGUAGCCCAUGCUGAACACCGCAGAAGUUUUUCCAUCGACAGUGAUGAUGUGCGACAAGCUGCCCGCCUCUUGCUUCCUGGAGUUGAUUGUGAACCUCGCCAGCUAAAAGCUGAUGAUUGCUUCUCUGCCUCCCUGAAACUCGACGCAGCAGCGACUGAGGCCAAGUUUCACCAAGGCCUGGGAUUCCGCAUGUUGAACUGUGGCAGGACAGACCUGGUCAAUCAAGCCAUUAACCUUCUGGGACCUGAUGGCAUCAACACCAGGAGUGAGCAGGGUCUGAGUCCACUGAUGUAUGCCUGUGCUCGGGGAGACGAGGCCAUGGUCCAGAUGUUACUUGAUGCCGGGGCAGAUGUAAACUGUGAGGUUCCCAGCCCAACUCACAAAUAUCCGUCUAUCCCUGUGGAGACACGACACUGGACUGCCCUGACACUGGCUGUGCUCCAUGGCCACAUUGCUGUAGUUCAGUUGCUGCUCGAUGCUGGUGCGAAUGUCGAAGGGUCUGUCGGACAAGGGGGUGAGAAUUACUCUGAGACCCCCUUGCAACUGGCAGCUGCAGCUGGUGUGCCAUGGAACCUGCACUCGUGGUUGUUAUCCCUGAACACGGCAUUCCUGCAACACCGCAGACUGGUCAUCCAGUGUAUCCUGAAGGAGUUCAACACUAUCAAGGAGGAAGAGUACAGUGAUCAGCUCCUCCUGCAGGGUCUACCACUCCUGUUUCAGAUCCUGAGAGCCAGCAAGAAUGAAGCAAUCAGUCAACAGUUGGCAGGGAUUUUUGUCCAGUGUUAUGGCCCUUACCCAAUUCCCAAGUUUACAGAAAUCAAACGGAAGCAGAUUUCCCGGCUAGAUCCUCACUUUCUGAAUAACAAGGAGAUGUCUGACGUUACGUUUCUCGUGGAGGGGAAACCGUUUUACGCACACAGAGUGUUGCUGUUCACUGCCUCGCCCAGGUUUAAGAACCUACUUUCGAGCAGGAUGUCCUCGGACAAUGCAUCCAGUAUUUUCAUCGAAAUUGGCCACAUAAAGUACAAUAUAUUUAAGAUGGUGAUGCAGUAUCUUUACUACGGUGGUACGGAGACACUGCAGAUUAGAAACAGUGAUAUAUUAGAGUUAUUGUCAGCAGCAAAGUUUUUCCAGCUUGAGGUUUUACAGCGACACUGUGAGCUCCUAUGUACGAAAAUCAUCAUUGUUGACAACUGUGUGGAAAUGUAUAAUCACGCCAAGUUUGUUGGAGCUGUUCACCUUUCUGCGUUCUGUGAAGGAUACUUCCUGAAGAAUAUGGUCUGUCUAAUGGAGAACGAAGCUUUCAAACAAUUACUGUACUCCUCUGUGGAGGAGUCACAGGGACAUGAUGUACUACAUGAUUUAGAGACUACACUGGCAGCGAGAAUCCAGUCAAUACAUCUGUCAACCUCAAAGGGAUCCAUCGUGUGACCCAGGCAUAUCAUUGACUUGUUUGGUUUCAGACAUUAUUGGUUAAGCUUCGAGUCUGAUGAAAAGUAACUGCAUCUCGCUAAGAGGUGUAGGAGCGAAUGACAGAAUCGGGAUGGGUUCCAUUGCAGCCCUCUGUGCUCUACCUUUUACUCUGUACAAACAUAUUCCAAGUGUCUCUCCAAGAUCCCCCAUCGAUAUCCUUUUAGAUUCACAGCCAGCAAAAGCACAUUUACUCAGCUCCUGCAGGAGCUAUCACUUAACAAGAGUUUGGUGCAUCAACAAGGGGUUAGAGCGUGUCCCGGACACCGCAGUGUCUGUCUCUUAACCUGUUUCAUAUUCACCGUGAAGCCAUUGCCUAGAGAGAGGGAUGGCGGUCAGGACAAGUCAGGAAGUGUUUGACAGUUUUGCACGUUCUGUGCAUGAGGUGGUUUAUAAGUGAAGGAUGAAUAUUCAGAAAGUGAAGUGUUUCCUCUGGACCCAGAACCAUGCACCAGCCUAGCCCAGCUCAGCAGUAGUUGAGGGAGACAGUGGCACGAUGGUAAGGAGCAGUAAUCAGGGGCCCAGGCUAAUGUUCUACAGUCACCGGUUCAAAUCCCACCACGACACCGAGUGGAAUGUGGAUUCAAUCAAUUAAUAAAAAAAACACUUAAUAAAUCUGGAUUUGAAUGUUAGUCUCUGAUGGUGAGCAUAAAACUAUCAUCAAUUGUUGUAAAAACCUGACUGAUUCACUAAUUUGCUUUGGGUCCUUACCUGGUUUGGUCUACAUGUGACUCCAAACCCACAAGAUGACUCUUAACUGCCCUCUGACAUGCCCUAGCAUUGCCACUCAGUUCAAGGGCAAUUAGGGAUGGGCAACAAGUACCAUUCUUGCUAGUGAUACCCACAUCACAUGAAAAGAAUAAGUUCCCGAUUCAUAGCUCCCAGGAGCUGAGUUGUGGAUUCAGCCGUUCGCUUGGUUUGUUUCAUUUGUUCAAUCUCAGACUGAAGAGCACCUUCUGUUUUGACUGGACUCGAGACAUUAUUUUUGGAAAUGCAGAAACUGCAGCCCAGGGCAGAGCCACUACAUGUGUGAAAUUAGAGAGUGAGUCUGCUCCAUUUGAAAUAAAAUAUUCAGACUCCAAUGA